GCCACCUUUCCCUAUUUAAAACCCCAGCUCCCAGUCAAAGCCGGGGGACUAACGGCGAGCUCGCUGGGCGCAUCUACAAAGGCCACCAUGCUGAAGAAACUGCUUCAGGGACGAAUGCUUCUCGCACUGAUCCUGGUGACCGGCAUUGGGGGUGGCUUCCAAUAUGGAUUCAACAUGUCGUCUAUCAAUGCGCCUUCAGCGUUCAUUAAGGAAUUCAUCGCUGAGACGUGGUUCCAACGCUUUGACAAAUCUGUGGACGGAACCACAGUGAAACUGCUCUGGUAUGUAAUCGUCUCAAUUUAUCCAAUCGGAGGACUGCUUGGAGCCUUAAACGCCGGCCAUCUCUCUGUCAAGUAUGGGAGGAAGAACGCUUUGCUCUUCAACAACAUUGUGGCCAUCACAGCUGCAAUUAUCAUGAUGUUCAGCAAGAGGGUGCAGUCGUUUGAAAUGAUUCUGGUGGGGCGGCUCCUGUACGGGAUCAAUGCAGGCAUUGGUCUCAACGUCCACAGUAUGUACCUCGGGGAAAGUGCGCCGAAGGAGCUGCGAGGCCUCGUGUCCCUGACCCGAGCAAUGUUCGUCGCUUUCGGUAAAUUCGUUGGACAAGUGAUUGGACUCAGGGAGAUUUUGGGCACAGAGACAGCUUGGCCAUUGUUGUUGGCCUUCAGCGGAAUCCCUGCUCUCAUCCAGCUCAUCCUCCUGCCCUGGUUCCCAGAGAGCCCCCGGUACUUGCUGAUCGACAAGGGGAAUAAAGACUUGUGUAUGGACGCGCUCAGAAGACUAUGGGGUCAGGGAGAUUUCUGUGAGGAGGUUCAGGACAUGGAGGCGGAACAAGCUGCAACAAAAGGCGAGCGACUGAAGACCGCCCGGGAGCUGUUCCAGGAUCGCUCGGUGCGGUGGCAACUCAUCACCAACAUUAUGCUGACUGUUGCAAUGCAGCUGUGUGGCAUCAAUGCGAUCUAUUUCUAUUCCUCUGAGGUGUUCCAGGAAGCCGGAAUUCCUGACUGGACAAUACCAUACGUGGUGGUGGGGGCAGGUGCCACAUUGCUGCUCACAUCAGUGAUCAGUGGACUGUUCAUUGAGCGAGAUGGGCGAAAGGCCUUGUUGUGGAAAGGAUAUGGCCUAAUGACUCUCUGGGCAGCCUUGCUGUGCGUCACUCUGCCCCUGCAGCAUCAGUUCACCUGGAUGCCGUACUGCAGCAUAUUCCUCAUCUUUGCCUAUAUUUUCAGUUAUGGCAUUGGCCCUGCGGGUGUGACAGCAAUCAUUCCCUUCGAAAUCUUUACUCAGCCGUACCGGCCAGUGGCCUUCAUGAUCAAUGGCUCUUUCCAGUGGCUGGGCCUCGUCGUCAUGGGAAUGAGCUUCCCAUUUAUUGUGGAGGGAUUGGGCCCGUUCUGCUUCCUGAUAUUCCUGGGCGACUGUUUGAUCAUUGCCGUGUUUGUCUUCAUUAUUUUGCCGGAAACUAAAGGGAAAACCGUUCUGCAAAUCACGGAAGAAUUUCGGAAAAUAAACCGGAAGAGGAUGGGAGGUAGCUCGGUAGCAAUUCGCAGGAGGGUCUCGCAGAUCGUUCCAGAGGUCUUUGUUAUUGCUACCAAAUUGUAAGAGGUUGGCAUCAAAAGCUGCGAUUUAUUAGCCGCUGGAAGCGGGAGGGUGAGAUGCAGCUCUGACCUCCGAACUCUAUGUUGGCUGAAUUUCCAGCCAAUCAGCGGACAGUUGUCAUUGUGGAAACGUUUUCUACAACUGGAAUCGCAAAAGGGCCAGGCACAAAGGGUCUGGAUGUUGGAUUUGUUAUAUAUUUGAACAGAUUGGGCCAAAAAUACAAGGUUCUAAGUAGCUUGACUGCAUAUACCUUUUGCUGUUAGCUGGGUUGAUUCACAUGUGUUCUCAGUUGAAUUGUUGACGUGGCUUGUCAACUUGAAACGCAAAAAGCCUACAUCAACGUGGCAUAAAACCAAAGUGCCUUUUGCAGUCUCAGAGUGAGCAGAAGCAUUUUAUACCCUGGCCAGUUGUUGUUGUUCACGAAUAAGACAUUUGUCUAUAAUAUUGCAAUGUGUAUGGAAGUGGUGGAUUAGACCAAUCUGGGUUCAAAUGGUGCUUCCACACAGGGACAGAUGUGGAGAGAUGCUGUUGCAUAUGGUUUUUGAUUUUCAAGACUCUCUUUCCUGCUUUGUUUCCUCCAUUCUAGCUUCCUAUAGCGCUGCUUUUUAAGCACUUAUGGCAAACAGGGCAAUCUGAACAAAUGCUUGUUGUUCCCAAUGAAGUGUCCCAAUCUCUUCAGGGAUGUUCUAAGAAUGUAUUUGAAUCUCUUUUUCUGUCCACCACAUGAUCAGUUGCUCUCACUUAGUUCUCCAUAAAGUAGCAUCUUUGGUAUUUGUUAGUAGACGUUCUUCCGACAUGCCCUGGCAAGUAACUAAGGAGACACAAGGAACUGCAGGUGCUGGAAUCUUGAGUAAAACACAAAGUGCAGGAGUAACUCAGUGGGUCUAGCAGCAUCUAGUAGGAAGGGUCCCGACCCAAAAUGGCACCUAUCCAUUCCUUUCACAGAUGCAGCCGGACCUGCUGAGUGAGAACAUAGAAACGUUCAGCACAGUAAUAGAUUUAUCGGCCCACAAUGUCUGCACCAAACAUAAUGCCGAGCAAAACUAAUUUUAUCUGCCUGCACAUGAUUCCUACCAAUCAUACUGCAGCAACAACCUGUGUUCAUGUCACUCCACCUCGGGCAUAAUAGUGAGAAGAUAAAUGAUACAUAGAGAAAUUACGAUAAAUUAUAGGUAAACAAAAACUUUUCUCAGAAAAUAUACAUUAUUCAUAAUAUAUAAGUAGAAUUGGGACAUGUCUUUUUCCACGUCCCUUCUAUCAUUCAUUCAAUGUAAUCGCUUAUAAUGCAUCCAUGCCACUUAGAUUGAGAAAGAUUAUUCAGCAUACUUCUGUUUCUGUUCCUCUUGGUCUCUCUCUUCACCAACAGCAGUUGUGGUUGUUGCAGCACGUGCAGGUUCAUGUGACACAUCGACAACUCAACGUAAAUCGUUUAUGAACCUAAGAUGUUGAGUUUACAUUGGCACUACUCAGGGAGGCCCUUCCAAAGAAUUCAGUACUUACGUUAGUGUAUGAGCACUCUGAUGAUGUUUCUUGUUGAGCUCCAGGCUCAACAGGUUAAUUUUGACAGAAACCUAAGCCAUUUAUUUGUCAUGGGAGUGCGCUCCCAAUCCUGUCUGACAUUUUCAAGUCUAUUUAUUUGAUUAAAUAAAAGAUUGAUGCAGUUGGUAUUGGGGAGCCAGUCAUCUCUCUUGAGAUCUUCUCCGCCUCAAAGCAACUCGAAUGGGGUAUUGAGUGGAGGUGGGCUUUCUACUUUCCCAUCAAUGCUAGGCUGCAUCACAGUGCUGUAUCACCGGGCUCCUGGUGCAUUCUGAUCUAUGUUCCAUAUUUAUUGUUUACUGUUUAUUAGUUAAUAUUGUACAUUAUGUCAAACUAUGACUUUAAUCUAUUGUGAAAAGAAUAACUGUUAAUAAAUUUACAUUUUUAACCAACACAAGUAUGUGAGUUCC